UCUUGGUCAGAGUGAUUUAUUGAAGCUGGCUGCUAACCACAGCCUCAGGUUAGUCCAUUUCUUAGAUAGCCUUUGGUUCCUGGAUACAUAAGAGCAAGAAUCCUCCCUGUGGACCUUCAAGAUCUCUGUCUAGUGUGAUUGUGUUGCUUGGCAUCGCCUUGUCCUUCCCUGGUGCCAUGGAGACCCUUGUGUCACGCUGCGAGGCCACGUGCUCAUCUCCACUUGCUAUUGAAUGGCAUUCCCUGUCCAUUGAGUCCCAUUAUAUGGACGAACAAUGGUGGUGAGUCACAGGCCUUCGGCAGAAAUGUUCAGUGCCCAAACCUGGAGUGGCCCUUGACUCAACCGGGAGCCACUGAGAGAUGGGCUCCCAGGUGAACCAGAACUACCACGUGGAGUGCGAGGCGGCCGUGAACUGCGUGGCCAACCUGGAGCUUUAUGCCAGCUAUGCCUACCUCUCCAUGUCCCACUACUUUAAGCGUGACGACGUGGCCCUGAAGCACGUGGCCGACUUCUUCAGCAAAGAGUCCCUCAAGAAGAGUGCGGACGCAGAGGCGUUUCUCAAGUAUCAGAACAAGAGAGGAGGGUGCAUCAUGCUGAAGGACAUUCAGAAGCCAGAAAAGGAUGAAUGGGAGAACAGUUUGGUGGCCUUUGAGAGCGCCUUACGGCUGGAGCGCAUCCUGAACCAAGCUCUCCUGGAUUUGCACCAUCUGGCUCUGCAGAAAGGGGAUCCGCACAUGUGCGACUUCCUAAAGUCCUUCUUGGAGGACCAAGUGGCAACUGUCAAGGAGAUGGGAGGUCACGUUUCCAACCUGCGGCGCCUGGAGGUGCCCCACAAUGGCCUCGGGGAGCACCUCUUCGACCAGCACUCUUUGGGGGAGAGCACCUGAGAGGUUGAGUUUGGUGACCACUGGCUAUUUGUUCCUGGAAGUCAUUGUAAUAAUAAAAAAUGUUUACUGUUGGUCGGGCAGAUAGACAUAUAAUCGGUUA